UCCUCUCUGGUCUCUCGCUCAUCUGGGCCUCGGAGUUGAGUGAGAGAAAAAUAAAUGGCGAUGUGGGUUUUUGGGUACGGGUCGCUGAUAUGGAAAGCGGGUUUCCCUUACGAUAAGCGGGUCGUGGGUUUCAUCAACGAUUACCGCCGUGUCUUCUACCAAGGAAGCACAGAUCACAGAGGAACUCCAGAGUUCCCUGGAAGAACAGUCACGUUGGAACCUGCAGAGGGUGAAGUAUGCUGGGGUGCUGCGUACAAGAUAACCAACAAGGAAGAUCAAAUAACUGCAUUGGAGCAUCUCGAGGUGAGGGAGAAGCAGUAUGACAAGAAAGUUUAUGUAGAUUUCUUCACUGAAGCAAGUUCUUCCACCCCUCUGGUCUCUAAUGUUAUGGUAUACAUCGCAUCCGAUGACAAGAAGCUGAACCAGAACUAUCUGGGACCUGCCUCACUUGAAGAAAUCGCCAUUCAAAUUGUUAAGGCAAAAGGCCCCUCAGGGCCAAACACAGAGUACCUCUUCAAGCUGGAAAAUGCCCUUGUCCAAAUAGGAUUUGAAGACAAGCAUGUUAGAGACCUUGCGGAUGAAGUGAGGCGGAUACUCUCAUUACAAGGGGAACUGGUUGAUUAUUGAUUGAUUGAUUGAUGAUAUGAAACACGAAUUAAUCUUGUAAUCCCUUGUAAUAAAACUUAAUUAUUUACCGAGAAUGCUUGCAUAAGGAUUGCUAGAAUGUACGAGAUGAUAAGGCCA